AUGACUUUAGAAUCGUUGGCAAACGAACUUCUGCUUUCUAUAUUCGAAUUUUUCUCGACUGGUCAACUUCUUCAAUCGUUCUAUGGGCUUAAGUAUCGUUUUGAUGUGCUUAUUUUCGAUCAUAUUUCUGUUCGUGGAUUUGACUUACGAUUGGUAUCGAAACAUGAUCUUGAUACUGUUUGUCAACAAUACUUACCAUCGAUUGUCAAUCGAAUAACUACACUACAUCUUUCCGAUGAUGAAAAUUCGCAACAAAUAGUUCGUUUCGUUGCUCAAGAUUUUACUCUCCAUCAAUUUGCACACUUACGAACACUUAACUUGUAUGAUUUGAUUUCUGUCACAAUGAUGAAUAAAAUUUUAUUGGAUUGUUGUCAUUUAUCACAUCUCACUCAUAUCAAAUUGACGAAUUGUUACUUUUCAUGUUCCCAGACUGAUGUAGCUAACAUUAUAAACACAAUUUGGAGUCUACCCAAACUGAUCUACUGCUAUAUAGACAUUGAUACUAGUGAUGGUAUCGAGUUUUCUGCACCAAAUAUAAUUUCUUCAUCACUUGAAUAUCUAUUCGUCCCGAAUAUGAUUUGUCAUCUGAGUGACUUCGCUCAACUGAUCCAAUCUACAGCGCGUCUUCGAUAUCUUUCUGCAUGUUUCACAUACGAUUCUGAUAGUAAAACGUAUCCAUCAAUUAUUUCGUUGAUAACUCACUUCGAUACAUGGUUUGUUGCUGCUGAGCAAAAUAAUAUAAUAAAUAUUUUCAAACAUAUGCCUAAUUUAUGCAGUUUGACAGCACGAACAAUUAACGAUAUUUCUGUUGAUGGUCGUCAAUGGGAAAAAAUUAUUCGUGAUCAUUUAAUCAAAUUAAAACGAUUUCGGCUCAAAUUGACGAGAAAACUAGUGAAUGAUAGAAAUUGGAAACAAAGUUUUGAUGAACUUAUUAAUUCAUUUCGAAGUCAAUUUUGGCUUGAAGAACAUUGCUGGUUUGUUCAAUGUGAUUGGGAUCCAGACAUCGCCGCAAUUUAUCUAUACACUUUACCGUAUGCUUUUGAUCAUUUUACAGCAUAUUUUCCACUUAUAUUCGAGUCAACUUGUCCUCACAAUAACUGUUAUUGUUCCUAUGAUCGUGUAAAUCAACUAAAAUAUAUGCAUUUUCUAUCUGACGAUUUGGAUCAAUGUCAAAAUAUUAGCUUUUCUAACGUUCGAGAUCUCACUAUUUAUCUUCCUAUCAAUAAUCAUUUAUGGACGAUCGUUCCGAAUUUUCAUCAAUUGACCUCACUGAGUGUGGCAUGGUAUAAUUAUGAUGAAAAAUUUCCAAGUCAAUUACAAUUGCUGCUUGAUCGGGCAUCUCGUCUCAACUCGUUAAGCAUUGAAACAUGGCGAUCUUCUCCUACACAGAUGGCACCAUUCGAAAUUACGCAUAAUUUGAUUCGAAAACUCGAUUUGUACAGUUAUCAUUAUCAUUAUAACAACGCAGAUUGUACUGUAUUGAGUUGUUCAUCGUUGGGAAUACAAUGUGAAAUACUUCGUAUUUCAGUCGAAAUUCGAACAUGCGUAUUGGAUCUUGUGAAGAAAAUGCCGAAUCUUCAUCAGUUAAUAGUUCAUUGUAGAGAUGACAAUUAUAGAGAACAAUCAAUGACUACCACAGAUGAACUUGUCGAAUGGUUACAACAGCAGUUGCCAUCGAAAUAUGGGAUAGCAAGAAAUAUUUGUUUGGCAAACGAAAUUAAAAUUAACUUGCGGAUUUGUUAA